CUCUGCAUUCAUGGAGUUUUGCUUGGAGGAUAAUCACUUUAGUGAUGACAUGUCAGCUGCAUCCGCUGCGUCCGCAUACUCGUGGACAACAUCGGACGAAUGUUUGACUGUAGGAAAUGCUGAAGAACUUUUGAGUAAUUCCGAAAAAAGUGGGCUAAAAACGGCAAAAAGCGACCGAGAUAGCGAAAGUGAAGUUGAUGAUGCACUGGAAACUGCUAGUGAGCCAUUUGUUAUAACUCCGCUCAGCACUGCAAUCACAGGAAGUCUGUCAUGGUAUAGCAUGCCACCUUCGGAAACCAAUGUUGAAUUUCCCAGCAAAAUUGGAAAAGAAGAAAUUGUUGAAGUUAGUGACGAAAUUUGCUACUCCUAUGGAUGUGUUCUACCUAAGAACAUAGAGAAGCCGAAAUUCAUGUGUAUCCCAGGAGAAAUCAAAGAACUUGUCUCGCCUAUCCAUUUGGUAACAGAAUGCGUCUAUUCUGAGGAUGUUCGCAAACCUACAUUCUUUUGCAAGUUUUUGAUGGAAGUACUCAAAUGUGGACCACAAGAUUCCAUGAAUGGAGAACACGUAGCAAGCGAAUACGACACGGCAAUUGAAGCUUGAGUCAGAUUUUCUGAUUUUUAUGACAAUUGUGACAAAAGCUGCUCAAUACGUGCUCCUUCUGUCUAUGGUAUACCAAGACGGAGAUUUUGUAGAUAUUUUUUAGUAAAAUAAAGUUUUGGUCUUC